AUGAAAAGAGAACAUUCAUCACACAUCAAUUUAGUGAACGAAUUGAAAUUUGCACCAAAAGACUGGCAUAACUACCUGCGUAUGAUCGAAGAAACUUACUUGAAGCUUCUAUCGAUGAUUACUCCACUUAUUAAAAACCAAGAUACUGUAAUGCCAAAAGCUGUAUCGCCACACGAAAGAUUGACAACAACUCUGAGGUUUCUCGCAACUGGAAGGAGUUACGAAAACCUAGAGUUUACAACAAUAAUAUCACCCCAGGCGUUGGGUGUUAUUAUUCCAGAAACAUGUGAAGCGAUAUACAAAGUACUGCGGCAGGAUUAUUUUAAGUUUCCACAAACAGAAGAUGAAUGGAAAAAUGUAGCAAAACAUUUUGAAAAUAGGUGGAAUUUUCCUCAUUGCCUUGGCGCCAUAGACGGGAAACACAUAGACAUUAUUCCUCCAAGUGGAAGUGGCUCCUAUUUUUAUAAUUAUAAAGGUCGACACAGUAUGGUACUUCUUGCAAUAGUGGAUGCUAGGUACCAAUUUAUAAUGUGCAGCUUUGGUGUUAACGGCAGGAUAUCAGACGGCGGUGUGCUUCAGACUACUACAUUUUAUGACAAGCUUCAAAAACACCAAUUAAGUAUCCCGUCAGAUGAACCUAUAAAAGGAAGUUCCAAAAUACUUCCUUAUGUAUUUUUAGCCGACGAUGCUUUUGCUUUGAGAACAGAUAUGAUAAAACCAUACCGACAGGCAGAUUUAAAUUCUCGCGAAAGAAAUAUAUACAAUUAUCGAGUGUCUCGAGCGCGGCGCAUUGUAGAGAAUGCAUUUGGAAUCUUGGCUUCUAGAUUUCGGAUAUAUAAAACUCAAAUUAAUCUAGAACCCAAGAACAUUGAUAAGGUGGUAAUGGCAAGCUGUGCUUUGCAUAACUUUUUAAUGUCGUCAUCGAAUUCAUAUAGUUCUGCAGAAUGUUUCGAUCACGAAAACCUAGAAGAUGGAACUAUUACAUCAGGUUUAACAUCACAUGAUUCAAACAUGGAGCCAUUAUAUCGACGAAACUCUGGAAAUAAUGCAACUGCUGCCAAAAAUGUUAGAGAACAGUAUGUACAUUACUUUAAUAACGAGGGGAGUGUACCUUGGCAAGAUAACUUUAUUCCUUAA